AUGCAUGGACUUAACAACUUUAAUAGGAUUGUACUAAUUUGUUUUUUGAUUUGUUACUGUUCUAUAGAUCUUCCUCCAAACCAAUUCUUUCCACCCUCUAUGUUACCAGAAAAAGAGAGCUAGAAGAAUAACAAUUGUAAAUUGCACAUAGGGAACCUUCCUCUGUAAAUAACUGAGGAGACAUUGAAUCGAGUAUUUUCGAAAUAUGGUUAAAUAAAAGAAGUGAAGAUAAUUCGAAAAAAUAGUUAAGGGGUUUAGUUUAUAAUUUAAAUUAUAUAAGUAACCUUUGAAAGAUUAUUGCUAUGGGUUUAUUCUUAUGUGUGAUGGUGAGGGAGCAUAUAAUGCUGUAAAGGAGUUGAAGUAAAACAGUCCUUUGGGUACCUCAUGGACAGUGUCAUUUAGUAAAGAUAAGAAUGAUGUAUGUUUAUAUUUGAUAACAUACUUGAAGGACUCUGCAGCUAAUGGCCAUUUGAAAUUUGAUAAGAGUAAAGAUGAUAAAUUAAGAAAGAAAGAUAAAUCAAAGGAGAGAUUCAAGAAAGAUAAGACAAAAAAGAAGGUUGUAAUAUUAAUUCAUAAACGAAUAAGAAAUCUGAAUCAUCUUCAUCAUAGGAUUCUUUUCAAGCAAGAUAAGAUAAAAAACAAAAAAAAUAAAAAAAGAGAAAGCUAUCAAGUUCUUCUGAAUCAUCUUUAUCUAAAUUGCCAACCAGGAGUGCCCUAGUUAGAAUAGAAAGUAAGCCAAAUGAUAACAAUCUUUUCGAUAUGGUAUUUUCAGGUGAGAUUUAAAGUCAUUCAUUGUAUUAAUAAUAAGUAUUUAUAUAUUAUCUAAAAUAGCCAUAAUCACAAUAUUAAAUUAAACAUAUUGUAAAUGUAAGAGAAUUAUUUAUAUCUGGUAUUCCUUAAUCUAAAACCCAAUCUGAUAUUUAAAGAAUCUUUUCUCAAUAUGGUAUUGUAGAAAGAAUAGAUAUAAUACCAAAAUAAUUAGUAAAUUUUGCAUACGUUAAAUUCAAGAAAAUGGAUGCUGUAAAUUAGGCAAUUCAAAAUUAAUAAUAUAUUGCUGAAUAACUUGAGAGUGCUGGAUAAGUUAAAAUAUAUUAAUCAGACCCAUUUAAAAGAAUUUAGGUAGUAGGUAAUGCUGAAGAUUGUGAAAAAGUAUAUAUAAUAAAUAAAAUUUAGGAUGAAGAUAUGUUACCUGUGAUGUUUAUAGGAUUCCCUCCAAACCAAAAUUUUACUAUUGAUGAGAUAUUCCUAAAGAAAAUGGCUGAAAAAUAUGGUGGAAAUGUAAAGGGAGUUUAAUUCUUUUAACCUUAAUAACCUUAAUUAAGAUCCUAUAUUCUAAUAGAAUUUUCAUAACUUAGAGAUUGUAAAAAAGCAAAAAGGAAGUUUUGCAGAUAUAAGAUAUAAAUUUUAGGUGAUAAGAAAUGUGAUAUUGCAAUAUUAUCUAAUUAUACAAAUAAUUCUCAAAAUAAGAAAUAAGCAAUACCAUAUAUGCCAUAUGCAAUAGGUAUUAAAUACUAUUUAUAAUAGAUUAUAUGGCAUCAAAUCAAUAAAUUCCUAUGAAUCCAUAAAUAAUAUCCAGAUCAUUUUAACCAUAAAUGACUAUGAUGUAACCUUAUCCAACUCAAUCUUAAUAAUAAUAAUAAUUACAACCAUCACUCUUUGGAGAUUACAAUUAGAUACCUCUUAUUUAUCCUUAAUAAUAAUAAUAAUAAUAAAUGAUGUAUGUUAAAAAUCAGUCUUAAUUAUGUUUACCUACUUAAUUAUCAAUAUAACAAUAAUUACGACCUCUUUAAUAAUAGCCAAUAAAUCCUUAUUAUUAAUAGUUAAAUUCUUAAACAUCAAAUCAGAAUUACACUUAAUAACAAUUUAUGGAUAUGAUCAUGCCUCCAACUUAAAUUAUGAAAACAUAAGAUUUAAAUAACACUUUUUGGAGUGGAUACAUGAAUAGAGGUAAAUAACAUAGAGUUGGCAUUGAUGCUAGAUUAUAUAGUACAGUAAUAGAUGCAAAAAAAAGUAAGUUAGUUCAUAAUUUAGUCAACUUACCUUGUAAUAUUGAAAUGAGUUAUAUAUGCUCCUAUCAAGAUGCUUAUUAAAAGGCUAUAUAAGAUUAAUCUGCUAUUCUCAUAUUAAGUCCUGCCUAAGAAUUAGAAAUUCCAAAAUUUGAAGAAUAUAUACAAUAUUUGAAGAGUAAAGUAUACAGCAAAUUUAAUUAUAAAAUAGUAAAAAGCUGGAGUAAUUUAAACAGAAACCUUUUGCAUUUAUGUGAUUCCUCCUGGUGUAUAAGAAGCAUUAUAAAUAUGCAAUAUUAACUAAUAGGAAAUGAUAGCUAUUUAUUGUUAUAAGGAUUUAAAAUUGUGA